UGUGUAUCGACCAAUCACAUGCGCGGAUUUUUUGAUCCGUAAUUAUGCAUUCUUGCAAUCGUUUACGGUGGCUGUGGAUAUACGUCCUGUGAUAGACUUGUUCUUUAAGUCAAAUUGUCUCGCCAGGUUGAAAAAGGUUAUUUGUCAUUCGAAUCGAAUUGAGUUAUCCCGUUUAAGAGUCGAAGAGUUCUCCGAUGGUAUAGGGUGGCGAAAAACUGCUAACAAACAUGGAGGGCAUACGAACGAAGCAAGAAGAACGCGAGUAUUUGCGAAGACUGAUUACUGAAUGGAACGCUAGCCGUUUGGAUAUCUUCGAGAUUAGCGAGCCCAAUGAAGUAAGUUUGUUGUUAUGAUGCUCACUGGCUUGAAAACAGUGCAGUUUAGUGAAUUUUGUAUAAUUUCCUUUCUCUCUUAAAGAUGUUAUUCUAGGGUUUGAUGUUUGUCUUUAAACUGUUAAAUUUGAGGUGUUUAUUUCACAGGAGUUAGAGUACCGCGGCGUGAUGCGGUUUUUCUUCCAAGAUGCUGGAGCAAAGAUGGCUACCAAGUGUAUCCGCGUAACUAGCUUGGAAACAGCGGAUGAUGUAACACGAACGCUAGUGGAGAAAUUUCGCCCGGAUAUGAAAAUGCUCACAAAUCCAAACUAUUCACUGUAUGAAGUUCACCCGAAUGGAGGUAAGCUUGGACAUCGAGAAGCCUUCCAAAUGAGCUCCUUUGCACUGGUUUAGAUAUCCUUAGUGACGUUGCUCGAUUUAUUACAGCUUUGAUAGACUUUUGAGAUAAAUAAAAUGCUAAUAAUUUAUUCAAUUUUUGUUUUACAAGAGCGCUUUUCGUUUUUUGAACAAUUGGUUUCGCGACCUUGCUACAAAUGGUCUUACUUUUCGGAUAUGUAAAAUCAUUCGCACUAUUUCAAAUUUGCUGGAACCUUGUUGCACCAUCUUGUAAGCCAGUCCUCUUGUGUGUUUCUGCAAUUGGCGAAGAAAACUUCGAACACAGCUUGGUGGCAUUGAACAAUUAACGCCCAGUUAAACGCUGUGUGUAAUUUUAAUACGGACCCGUUCUCGUGAUACGAGGAAGGUUAAGUUGUAGAUUUCGUCUGUUUCGUCAGUGUCCUGUUUAUGCGGCAAUUGGCUAAAAAAUAAUUAUCGCCACUCCACAUUCAUAAGUGCACAUUUUUCGUCGUUUUAAAUUCAACUCGUUAAAGAUCUCUGAUCAACUACAGUGUUAAAAUUCUCAGUCACUUUAUUUCUCGUCUCAUAUUUCCGUUGAGAAAUUUCUGGCAUUCUUCACGAAGUCGAUCAUGUGUUCGAAAACUUUUCACGCUAUUCCAGAAUUAAUCACUGAGAUUUUUGGCGGUUAUUUUAGAUGCUAUUAGUUUGAGAGAUAGCUUUUCUAUACUUACAGUGUUGUACGUGUUAUUUGUAAGAAGUCAGUGGCGAUAUUUUUUGUUCAACGCGAUCCGGUAUUCGCCCAGUAUCAUCGAUAGUGGCUAUCUUAGAAUUUGAAACAAAAAUAGUGAUAAUAAAUAUUUAGUUUUUGUUAUUUGGCGUACUCCUUCUUUUACUUAACUUCGGAGGGAUCAAAGAAUUUUCAGGACACUCAAAAACAUAUGCCAGUAGUUUCCUUGUUGAUCUAAAUGACCAUGGCAAAAAAAUAUGUACAGUAAACAAGUGGGACUUACAAGUUUGCUGGUGACAAUCAUGUACACUCGAUAAUGCAGACAGUUUGUCUGAUGGCACAAAACACACUUGUUUUGUAGUCGUCUUAUUGGAUUAUCCAUAUUAUACUGUAUCACUUUCUGAACUGCCAUAAAUUUUAAAAUUUGAUAUUGAGGCUUAACCUUUUUAGCCACAAACAUAAGAAUUUUACUUCAAGGGUCAAUUUUUUGCUAAUUUGACAAAUGUUCUUAAUUUGGAGCCCUACACCUGUAUGUAACAAUUUAAUUGAAAUUCUCAUCUGUGGUCUUAAAUUGAUUACUUACAAUAUUUGGGUGCCACUUGUCAUUAUGUUAAACACUGUUUUUGGAUUUGUUGGUUUAAUAAUAAACUGUCCACCUUCCUUUCAUGAUGAAUUUUAUUGCAAGUUACAACAAGAUUGUCUUAUGAUGAGUAGAGUUAAUUACUUUUUUUGUUCAGCUUGAUCUUUAGCCCUAUGGUUUGCUCAGGCCAUGAAACCUCUGUGUUUAUAGACUAUUUCUGUCAAAAGAGCUAAUAAUAUUCCAAAUUUAUUUGCAGAUUCCAGAAAACUUCAUGAUGAUGACAGGCCUUUGGCCGUUCAGCUGUUAUGGCAGGAGGAUGACAGAGAGGGUCGAUUUUUGUUGAAAAGUGAUUCAGAAGCCCUGGUUGCUACAAAUGUUUUUAAGAAUGAUGAAAAUGAUCCUGGUCAAAGCUUUAAAAGGAAAUUGUCAAAGAGAGAGAAAAAAGAAAUGAAGAAAAAGAGAGUGGAGGAAGCCAAAAAAGCUAAAUUACUGGGUCCUUCGUCCCCAACUAAAUCAUCUGACGACUCUGCAAUUGCUCAAACACUUUACAAUGAACUUCCUGAAAGUGGCUUCACUCGGAGUAUUUCUAACCCAGAAAUUGUCAUGAAAAUGCGCCGUGAAAGAAAACUGCAACGUAGGCUUCAAGAAUUCCAGAACAGUGAAGGAGGUGCUGAUAGUGGUGGAACACUUAAAAUUUUUGCCGAAACUCUUAAACCCGAGAUUCCAUACAAAACUCUUCUUGUUUCAAUGCGUGAUCCCACUACUCACGUUGUGAAAGAGGCUUUGGAGAAAUACCAAUUGGAGAAAGAAAAUCCUGAAGAAUAUUGCCUGGUUAUGGUAAAUAUCCCACCUGGGGGUCCUAAUGGCACUAACACACUAGGCAAAGAAAGGCUUGUUCAUGACGAAGAUCAGCCACUUGCUAUUGCUGCUACAUGGCCCAAGAACCAGGGUCAUGUUGUUUUCCAUUUGCGUCGCAGGGCAAACUUGCCCCAAUAUAGAAAACAAAAGAGAAGGUCAAAAUCUCCAUCUAGGGUACCCUUGGAUACCACGUCACCAGAAAAAACAAUCGGUGAAAGACUUGCAAACUCGGGAUACCCGGAGCAUCUACUGCCUUAUUUGAGAGAGGUGACUUCUGAUGGUCGUGAGGUGAACAGACCCAAUAUACACCGACUGCCAAUGGAGGUUACAGAGGUUGGCAGUGAGAAAUCCAUGUUGUCAGGAGGUAGUUGUCUAGAGAUUUAUGCACCUGAAGUGCUUCCGCGCCAUUGCGUGAUAACCAACAUGGACGGCAUUGUUUCUGUUACACCAGCUUCAGGUGACGCAGAAGUUUAUGUGGAUGGUAAGAGAAUUUAUGAGUCGACAAAGCUUGAUCAUGGUAGCAUGGUUAAGUUUGGCCGGCUUCACACUUUUAAGUUUGGAGACCCAGCCUUUGAGGAGACUCCUAAACCUAGAUCACCAGCUUCUGAUGGUGGAAGUCUCAGCAGUGGACAUAGUGACUCUGAUUUACAGAGAAGAAGAGAUCCCAGGUACAGUAUUCAGUUAGCAUAAAUCCUCUGCUCCCUGCGGGGCUUAUUUUUUUAAGCACUUUUGAGGGGGGGCUUAAUAGAUAGGAGGGACUUAUUUAAUUCAGCGAAAUGCAUCAAUGGUAGCAAGGUUUCUUGAAAAUACAUUUUUGGUUCCCGGGCGUUAUACUGCUUUUUCCGGGUGUUAGAACUGCAUAAAGUUUUUGAAGUUAACAAUAAGACCAAAAACAAAAAUAGCCUGAAUAAACCAUAAUGAUCUCCGUUAGUUGUUUGUGAAGAGUAAGGAUGGAGAGAACUAGAGCAUGAAGUUAACAUUUGCCUUAGACUAAAAGGGCUCAAAAGCGACUAACUGGUUGCACAUGAAGUUGGAGGUCAUGUCAGAAACCCAAAGCACCAAAGACCAAAAACAAUGUGAAUUGGUCUUUUUCCCAUGGCCUGAAUAAACCAUAACUCUUCUGUUUUGUAAUCAGACACAUGCAAAUAUACACGUGCGCAAUAGUUGUUUCAGAACGUCAAUCAAAACAAAAACAGUGCGGAUUAAGAGCCUUUUUUUCCAGGUAAGAAAGUUUUUUAAGUCGUAUUCCAGGAUGGAUCGUUGUCAUGGGAAUUGUUUUUCAAGGGUUUUCUUUAGUCACAACUGGGGGAGAAAUUAGUAUUAAAAAAAUAGUAUUACUGUGGCAAAUCGGCUGUGUUUUAUCAAUCACAGGACUGAAGUAUAAGUAACAAACUGAAGGUGACAAUUUGUUAAGGUUAACUUUUUUUUUUUGAAAUAGACUCCCAAAGCUGUGCUCCAAAAAUUUUCAUAAAAUUUACAUCUGUGCUCCCAAACUCAAAUUUAAACUUUGAGCCCUGCUAAAGCAUUCAUAAUGGCUGAUCUGUUUCUCAUAAAGAGUUCAAGGCCAAAAAUGCUAACUAAAACAUGAUGAAGACAAAACUCAGGUUUUAUAACUACAUAUAUGCCAACUCUCCCAGAUACAGCACAAUCUACCAGUCUUCUACUCAUUUUGCCAAAUGUCCCAGAUAAAAUCCCAACUUGCUUUUCUGCAUGUACUAAAGUUUGGAAUUUUGCAUAAAUUUCUCCAAAAUUGAAAAUGGUUUGAUUUUAAAAUACAGAUUGUGCGUGGUAACUGAUUUAUUUUAUAAGCUUUAAUGUUGGACACAGGUGACAAUAUAUAUGUUGUUUGGUUUCAUUGCUGUGAGCAUUAUUAUAAUGUUCAUUGUUGUUACUCAGGUCUGGACCAGGAGGAUUAAAUAGAGGAUAUGAACAGAAUAAGAUGGUCAGAAACAACAGUGAAUCAGGCAUGUUUGAGACGACAUUUGGUGUUGAUGGGGAAGUUGAGACUUACACAAAUGAGAAACCGGUGAGUGUAUAAUUGAAAAACAUUUCUUAAUAAAAUGCAGAAGGUCAUCAACUAUACUUCACUUGAGCUUGUUGAGCUAACAGAUGCAUACAAUGUCAUUGAGAAGAAUGCAACGGUAAUAAUUUUAACUUGGGUUUUACAGUGGAACCUGGUUUAUAUGGACAAAGAGGGGACAUACAGUACCAUAGUGUCAGUAUUAACCGGGCUCUGAGAAAAAAUGGCACAGACACGUGUUUUAUCAACAUGAAGACGAAAGUAGACAAUUUCACAAGAAAACUUUGUUUAAUUUUCUUUGAUGUAACUGCAGCAAGUCCCAUCCUAAAUAAACCCUAUGAUCUUUUAAUACUAGUAUCGCGCUAAACUGUCAAGUCAGUGUUCUUAGCUCAUUUAACUUAAAAAUAAGACAAAGGAAUCCAUAACUUAACUUUGUACCGAUGGCUUAAGUUUGUGACUCUAUCAGUUGGACUAAAUAUUAGACAGAACCUUUGAAAUUCAUCAUUUGCUGUUUUUAUUUAGCCUUUCACUGCAGGUAAGAUAUUCAUUUGUAGACAGUGCGCAGAUGAAUAGUGUCCUUAAAGCAGGGUUGAUGAUGUAUGUUAGUUUGUGACUCGGGAUACAGAAGAGUGUCCGUUGUUCAUUAUAUCAACUGGUGCCCGUAUUAAGUGCAAAUUUUAGAAAAAAAGAUGUGAGCUUUUUAUAGCUAGGGACAAGUGAAACUGUGUCUUAAUUAUACGGGUGUUUGUAUUCAGCAGGUGUCCAUACAGCGGGGUUCCACUGUACUUCUUUAAAUUAAUUUAAUGCAAACAUGUAGAUCUGCUCCUUAGAUGUUGGUUUUCAUUUCUUAGGGUAUUUUCUAAUCUCAGUUUGUCCUUGAUCUGUAGCCAUAUGAGCGCCAGACACCUCCUGACUCCCCAGAUGAUGGCAUGGGUGACAGGCUUCCAGCUAGGUUGGAGUUCCGAGAAUCAGGAGAAGAUGCCUUCUUCGCUGCUGUCAUUAGUGAGGUCAAUGGCGACAGAGUUCAUUUUAAGCUUGCACCAACAUAUACCCUGUAUAUGUGCUGCCGUUAUCGUACAUCACCUGCCUAUCGGGAAGAGUUAACGAGUUACCAGCGCAAUGACCGACUCGGUCUUACUGUUCAGAAGAUUGCCAACAUGGUGCGCUCCACAGUUGAGGUAAACUUUUUCGAGUUAUUAAUUUUUCGAGAUCAUUUCCCGAUUCUUUUUUACUGAUCCUCUCCAUGGGAACAUGAAAGAAAGGCAAGUAGGACAGCUACAUUGUAAAAAUUGUCUGAUAAUAUUUCAUUUAAAUUCUACUGCAAAAUGAAACAAAACAUCUUACCUUUCAUACUUUAAGGACUGCUACAGAGAUGGCAUUCAUGACAGGCUCUUUCAUGAACUUUCUGGUUUUCGGGCUUCAAUUCAUUUUGAGCUGACCCUGCCAUGGGUAAUACCUACAUGUAUGGAUUUUCGCCAUAAUUUCAGUGUAAAAUAGAGUUACGCUUCCUUUAUCUUACCUGCAGGAAAAUAGUCAGCUUCCUGGAAGCCUGGCAUUUUGGUUGGCAAACUCGUCAGAACUUCUACAUUUCUUGAAGCAAGAUAUUGAUGUAUCACCAUGCCUAAAAGACAGCCAUCAGAUACUAGCUCAGUCAGUUCAAAAGGCAUUCAGGCACCUUGUUCAGUGUGUGGAACAAGAAUUGCGAACGCUGAUGUCAGCAUUCCUGGACGUCACAGAUGAUGCUGAUAUGGAAGACAGUGAUGGGGAGUCCAUGAUGGAUUUAGAGUCUCCUGAUAGCAUGAUGGCAGGUGAACGGAGUUUCAGAUAUGGACCAUCUGGAAGGCCCCUUGGUGGGGAUAGCUGGCUUGGUAAGCUAAUAUUGUAAUUCACUUAUUCAUUCAGGUGGCCUUAGCUGAGCUUUUUGCCUGGCCACCCGGUCCACUCUGUUGUUCAUACAGACUGUGAGUUUGCCGGUGGAUGCCGCCUCAGCAUCCCUGUAAUAGAAUGAAUAAACAAAUAACCUGUAUUUUACUGGUGGCAGUGUUUUAUGGUGGUUAUUAGCAUUUGGGGAGUGCAGUAGUAAUCAAAACAAAUUAUUAAUUUAAAUGAAACAUGACAAAAUUUGAUCCGUUUUGUUACAGCUCUGAUCACCAUUAACACCUUGCACCUAGCCAAACAAUGUAAAUUUUCUCCCAGUAUCCAUACCAAAUCAAGUUAAAAAGGUUAUGACAAUUGACAAAUGAUCACAAAUUCUCUCAACUAAUUGUUAUGGAAAAGUAUGGAGAUCAGUCUGGAGACUUUGUUUGUGGAUAGUGUGGCUUAAAGAGUUUAUAGGAAUGGCCAGGGAAGUUGAAGUUGAGUCUACUGGUAUACAUGUACCAUGCAAUAACUCCAGGGUAGGUACAUGUAGUGGUCAGUGCAGGGUUUCAAGCCCAGGACAUGUUGACCAUAAAAUUAAUGUAGUUGCAAGUUAGUUGAGGAGAAUUUGAAAUAAAAUAAACUGAAGCAGGAAUCUUUAUAAUAAUUCUGUUCCAGGUAAAAUUUCAUCUUUGAAGAUUCUUGUGUCAGAAACUUUAUCUUCACAGAUAAUACUGUAUAUUUCAGGUGGACGAAGACGCCAUGGCAGGCCAACAUUGUCAGACAUCCUGUUUACCCUUUCUUCAGCAAUGUCCUUGUUACGUCGCUGCAGAGUGAAUGCUGCUCUGACCAUUCAAGUGUUCUCUCAGCUAUUCCAUUACAUUAACAUGUGGAUAUUUAACAAGCUGGUACUGCAACCACAGCUGGGUCUCUGCACCAGGGACUGGGGACACAGGUUGAGAAGGAGACUGGGACGGGUGGAGUCCUGGGCACAGAAACAGGGCCUGGAGCUGGCAGCUGACUCUCACUUAUGUCGAGUAGUACAGGUGAGGAUUUGGAAUCUAUCAUUCCUAUGCUGCACUGCAUAUGACAUUUAGUAAUUGCUCCAGUGAGUUUUAGUGAUUUCCAAGCCUGAGAGGUCAGUUAAGCAAAAAGGAAUUCCUGUGAUGAUAAAGCUGGGCCAGCGUUUGAAAAAAAAAACCUUGAAUUCCAGCUUGUCCUUUGGACAAGCAGCUCUUACAUUGUGCUUGCCUGGGGCAACUUCUCGCUCAUCUUAGUUAUGAUUUAGUUUGAAGAUGACUUGCCUGGACCCUUGCCCAUUUGGCAAGCGAGCUUGAAAAAUUACUUGCCCAGCAAGAAAUCUGCUUGUCCUGGAUCACUACCAGUUGGGACUUUUUCCUUGCUCUGUGGGCGUGCGGAGAAAAACUAUGGAUGAGAAAUCAACUAUAAAUGGAAUGAAGCAUAAUUUGUUGAAUAAACCUAGGGACUUAACCUUACAGAGUUUGUAUAACUUAUUUCGGGGACAGAUCCAGGAUUUUUCUUAAGAGGGGAUGCACCACUAAGAAAUGGUGUAACCAACUGGUGAUGUAAACUAAUUUUAAAAGUAAAUACGAAGAAGGCUUUUGACUUGGCAAUAACAUGACGUGAACUGCUGAGAAUACAUACCAUACAUAUCUGCAUAUUUUGCAGAGUGCCAGUUGUCAACAGCCCCCUCAGGGGGGGGGGUGUGUACCCCCCACACCCUCCCCCUAGAUCCACCCCUGGAUUUGGAAUAUUUAGUGUACUGAGAUUAUCAGCAGAACUAUGGAGCAGGGAUAUGUCCGCACUUCCUUGAAUCUCCAGACUGUUUUCAUUACCGUAUUAAGAUACAUGUACUAGUAGAGCUAAACUACCCAAAAGUAAAGUUAAAAUGUCUUAUAAAUUUUUUAUAUUAGGCGGCCUAUUUGCUCCAGGCUCCCAAGAACUCUCAGAAUGAUCUCAACUCCAUAUCAUCAGCUUGUUACAAACUCAACUCAGUGCAACUUCGUGCACUUUUGGAAAAUUAUCGUCCUGCCCCAGAUGAGCUAGACAUUCCAAGGUAAAGUAAAACUUAUUAUUGAAUAAUAAACAGUUCAUGACUUCAUCACAGUUAGAUUAUGACUGCAAAUAAUUUGUUGUGUUUAAUAAACAAGGGUCACCCAAAUUACAAGUUUAUGAACUGCUUCAAGAACAUAACCUUAAAGGGUCUUAUCAUUCUCACUAUGGUUUUUACAUAGUCUUUUUAAUUUUUUAGCCAGAAAAUCCGUGAAUGUCCUAUCCCACUAUUUUAUUAUAAGAGUAUACAGAGAUUAAGUGUCAUGAAAAUUAUAAAGUUUAUUGCAUGAAAAAGUUGUGUUUUAAAUGAUGCGAGGAUGUCUUAAAGGUGCAUACUAAGUUUUUAGGAAUUCAUUUUUGGUAUUACUUGGCAUUAAUAAACAGAAAGAUUCUUUAUAUUUUGUUCCUUGCUCUUAACAUAAUUUAUUCAAGUGGGUGCAAGGGAGAAAUAAUUUAUUCAAGUGGGUGCAAGGGAGAAAUGAUAUCUAUUUCCUCUGUAACAUGAGAAUUACUGGAAGUGCGGAUUCCUCUUCUGAGGUGCUUUUUAAAUGUGAUAUACUCAAAUUUGGGUACACAGCUGGAAGUCCAGAACUUUAGGGAUUUGAGUUUGACGCAGGCUAUGUGCUAAUGUGAUAUGUCUCUUUAGGGAUUUGAUUGACAGUGUUGUGGCUAUUGCUGAAAACACAGCAGAUGAGCUCAUCCGCAACCAAGGGCAGGAAGUGAUACUUGAAGAGGACCCUCAACUUCAGCUCCCAUUCUUGCUUCCUGAGGAUAGGUACUCUUGUGAAGUGAUCCGUGGGGUACCCCCUGGUCUGAAGGAGUUUUUGAACCCUCUAGCAGGAAUAGGUCAGUUGUUAUUAUAUUUGAAAAUGAUUAUAAUUGUUUCAUUAACAAUGGCAUCGCAAAGUGGAGGUGGGUGUCCAGGGGCUUCCACUUUUUAUGGCUGGUAAACCCAUGCCUUCCAGCCAUGAGCCCUCAAACCAAUGGAACCAGGCACCUGUCACACUGAUAUAUCAGGGGAAAAUAAAAAGGGGGGGUGGUGAGGGGUGGGGGAGAAAGAACAAUCCAAAAGAUAAAUGAAGUGAUUAGCUGCCAAGAAAGCAUUGUACUAAGCACAUGGAGUUGAUGCAAGCAAGGGUAACUGCACUUGCGCCACCACACUGAGCGCCAACAAAAACAUGAGACAGUGCUUCCUGUUGUUAACUGCCUUAAAUUUCAUUAACUUCAUCAAAACACUGGCACCUGAUAUGCAAAAAAUAUUAAUUUUUACUGGCUGUAGCAAAUUUUCAACCAAUCAGAAGCACUUCGCAGAUCUGGGUGGUGACCACUAUGUAAUUUCUUUGCUCCUUUCUCAGACGUCAUCUCGUUGGGAAACCAAUGGUAGAGUCCCAAAAUGUCGGCUGUUUUCUCAGGUUAUUUUAAGUGUUGAAUGUGCAGUUCAGCAGAUAAGAUUGUCCCUUUUGAUUGUUUUGUUGUUCACUAAUAAGGUGUCUUGUCAUUUCAGGUCUUUGCAGACUGACUAUUCAGUCCUCUUCCUCUGGAUUAUGGACUGCAUAUCAUAUGAGCGACAACGAUGCUGGUGAGAUAUACAUAUUGAAGUAUUUUACUUUCUGUUUAGGUGCCAUGACCUACACGGCAACAAGUUUGUCAUCAAAUAAGAAGCAGGUUCAGCACUUAUCAGCAGCAACUUUGCAAUUACGUGUACAUGUUUUGGCUGAAUUUUAUUCUUGGUUUAAAUAUUUUAUUUCCUUUGUUUCAGACUCAUUAACAUACAUUACCAUACCCCAAAACAAAGGAAAAUAAAAUUUAAACCAAUGAUAAAAUUGAACCACGACAUAACACAAGAGAAUGCAUUACUGUAGAGGUUAUGUGCUUGUGGAAAAAGGAUAUUCUCUUUUGUAAUGUUUGAGCUUAGCAGUCUAGUUCAGGACAAUAAUAAUUUUUACACAACAGUACAGCAGGAAGAAGAGGAUGGCAAAACGUUUGUGUGUGACAAACGUGACAGGCUAUCACUGGCGUGUUUUGUCGUAAUGUACACUUAACAUUAAUGUUUUUUGGUCUUUGACAAACAUAUCUGCUUGAAGAAAGGGGAAGUUUUGCGGAAGGUUUUUUUUCAAACAUAAUUAUUGUCGUGCUUGUCACACAAGGCUUGCCGUCUUUUUUCCUCCCCUGUCCUGUUGCAUAAGUUCACUAAUAAUCAGCAAAGGUUGUAAGAGACUAAUUUAUAAUUUAGAACUGCGUAAUCAGUUCAUCGGUAUUAAUUAUUCCGCACUACCCCCCCCCCAAAUAUAGUAAAUGUUGAAGUGACACACUCGAUUACCAUUGAGUGACAAUAUUUUUCUUUUUUGUCAGUUGACGGCAUGGCCCAGAGGUUACCCCAGGUAAAUACUUGCAUUAAUGUUUUCUUCAUCUCUAGUGUGUUGAGAAUAGUGAUAUAAUUUGCACGUGGCUUUUUUUUGGAAUCCUUAAUUUUUAAUGUUGAGUUUGUCCUAACUUCUUCCCCAGACUCCUGAUAUCGUAGACGUCUCUUUCUACAAAGGGAAGGGAGGCAUGGGUCUUAGUAUUGUUGCAGCUAAGGUAAGAUAAAUAUUUCUCUAUUUCCAAGACCAACACCGCUUAAGAGAAAAUCAGGGAAAAAAGUAUAGGUGUAAUGAGAAUAAACGAGUAGCACGGAAAAUUUCAAGAACUGGUUUAUUGAUUUAAUGAGUUAUUAUAAUUAUGAAUUUAAAACAUGAUCCUAGACCAAGUUUUCGCUCAAAAGUAGAUGAACUUCCGGGUUGACUCUUGGCCGUUAAUUUUUGUCAGGGAGUUGAUCAGGACAAGCUUGGAAUCUACAUCAAACAGGUUGUGAAAGACGGACCCGCCGCGAAGGUUAGUUAGAGACUAAAUGAUUACAUUACCAUUAGGCGUAUUGCGCAUGUGUUGAACACAGCUGCACCACUUCCAUAACCACUUCCAUGCACGUGAACAAUCAGAUGAUACUUUACUCUGGCCAAUCACAGUAGAAGCAGGUAAUCCUAUGAACCAGUCAGAAGUCGAAAACAAUCAACUGGUGUGACGGAGAGAAAAGGCGAGCAAGGUGCUCUGUUUAUUUAGCUUUUCUUUUGAUUGGCUGAGAAAGUGACAUGAGAAUUUUUUAGCCACCUAUAUAGCGUCAGGAGACAGACACUAGAUUUUUUGGUCAUGUUACAAGACAUGGAAAGGUGUAAAAAGGGCUUUCAAAGUUUCCUCUAAAGCGAUGGAGAGGCUCAGGGAGACCAACAGAGAGUGGCGGUUUUAACGGCCGAGUUAACUUUCGCAAAGACAUCUGGGACUGUUACCGAAGACAGGGGAAAAAAUUGGCCAAUAGCUGACCAGCAUGUCACCAGUAACGACCCCAGAAGCAACUGCGGGAUACCUUUCGCUUGUAAAGUGGCGAAUGCAAAAGGCGAUGACGAUAGCACAAAACAGACAAUUGUAUUGCGCUUCUUUGAGAGAAGCAACUCUCUGAGGAGAGCGUGCUAUGAUGAUGAUAAAUUAUAGCAUCGCGUUGUAAAACCACAGGAAUUGUACAAUAACGUUUGACACUAAGACAACCGUUUUUAUUCUAAAGUCCAUGCAAUUCUUGUUAUUUCUUGUGUACUAGGAUGGACGCCUGCAAGCUGGUGAUCAGCUUUUAGCCGUGAAUGGUGAGAGUUUAGUAGGCGUCCCACAAGAGAGGUAAGUAGUUUUACGUCUUGGUACAUUCUCUGGGUUAUGAUCAGCAAAUUUUGGAUACACGAAAGAAGCUAUAUAGGUCAUUCUCCUAAGAGUCCUUGGGAAAAGAUGUUUCACCUUUAAGUACAAACUGACAGACUGGUCAGUGAGUAUUGAAGGGUGGGGGUUGGGGUUUGUGGGUAUUUAGACAGUACAGUGGAACCCCGUCUUACGACCACGUUGUUUAUGAGAUCACCUCGUUAUUACGACCAUAUUUUUUUCGACCCAAAUGUAAAAAUCACUGAGUAAUUUAAUUAUUAUGAAGAUUCCGUUAGUGCGACCACCUUGGUAUUACGACCAGGAUUUUAUGGCCCAACGUUGGUCGCAUUAACGAGGUUCCACUGUACCAGAAAGGAGGUGGGUCGUUAUUUUUUUAUCUCCCUAAAUGGGUGGGUUAUGCUAGUUUGAGCCUUAAUAUUUCAAACAAGUUUAAACAAUGCGAACACGUCCCCUUCUUAAAUUAAGUCAAUUUCCUUUUUCUUCGGUAUUGUGGUCUGAAAUGUUUAACAGACAUCCAUAAAUUAAGCUACCUAUGCACGCAUUCUUUUGCCACCUGGUGCAAUAAUCUUCUCUAUCGUUUGGGAGAAUCGUUGGGUGACAUACCAAAAGAACGUCAGGGUAUUAAAGAGGCUGCCCUUAUAACGGCGAUAGUCCAGAUUUUACAAAUUCUCACAACUUUUUCUAUUGGAAAUGUGAGCUAAGUAGUAAGGAGAAUUUAACGUUUGACAUGUGUGUUUCUUGUAGGGCCGCCGAGCUGAUGGUGAAAUCAGGAGCUACUGUAACUUUGCGGAUAGCCAAGCAAGGCGCCAUAUAUCAUGGCCUGGCUACCUUGCUCAGUCAGCCAUCACCCAUGGUUACCAGAGGUAUCUUAACAGCUUAGGUUCUGUUAACACACUUUAGCAGAGCCUAAUUUUACAUGCAAUUGUCCGAAUAAUCUCAAUCGCCCAAAGCCACAAAACACUGCAUGAACGAACAUUAGCAUCUAUUUCACCUUAUGUCUCGCAUUAAGUUUAUCUGGGAGCCCGCCAUAUUAACUCCCUUUGCAAACUGUUCUGAAGAUACGUUUAUGGGGAAACUUCCCACCUACCCCUCCCAUAAGCCAACAUUAACACUUACUUCUCACUUGGUGCAAAAUGUUGACUUAGGGGAGGGAUAGGUGGGUAAUAGUUAAGACUGAAGAUACAGAAGUCGGUUUGCAGAGGUUAGUCAUAACACCUUCACUAGUAUAUGAUGUCUAAUGCGUAUCUUUUGUUUCGAAUUAUCAGAGCCACAACAGAAACUUGUACCAUUGGAUAACGAAGAUCCUGUUCAAUUGUCGCCCACUAUCUCGGAACAAGAGAUGCAGCGUUCCCCUGGUAGAUGGCUGCAAAAUGGCCGUGAUCAGUCGUUUAACAGGUGGAAUGAGGAUGAAAGAGGUCGACGUUACCAGGAUCAGUGGCAGAUAGAUGAAGAAAGAAGAAGAAGAGGCCCAGAAGAUGACAGACGACGGAUUGAGGAGCAGAGACGGCAAGUAGAGGAAGAGAGGUUGGAAGAGGAGCGCAUUAGAGCGGAGAUGGACAGGCGAUAUCGAGAAGAGGAGGAGAGGAGGCUUGAAGAUGAGCGGAGACGGGCUGAAGAACAAAGGCGGGCUGAAGAGGACAAGAGGAGACUCGAGGAACAGCGAAGACGCCUCGAAGAACAACGACGGGUGGAGGAAGAACGACGACGUGCCGAAGAUGAAAGGAGACGCGCGGAAGAACAAAGGAAGAUAGACGAAGAACGACGGCGCGAAGAAGAGCGGAGAAUCGAGGAGCAACGUCUGCGGGAAGAACGACGCCUAGCAGAAGAGCAGCGGAAACUGGACGAAGAACGCCGACGAGAAGAAGAACGAAGAUUGAACGAGCAGCGUCGGUUUACCGAAGAAAGGCGUCGACAGGACGUGGAACGCGAACGAGCCGAGGAUGCGCUGAAAAUUAUAGGAGAACAGCAACGACGACAAAAACCAAACAUUCAAGUUAAACCCGUUGUGACCCGACCUUCGUACAAAGUCCGCUUCGAGGCUGAAGAUCGGCAGAGGUCACCGCUGACCGUGAAAGUCGAUGAACCAGAAGUUAUCGCUCAGAGAAAAGACAAGUAUUUUGCCGCUGCCUUGUCCCCUAGUUCAUCAUCUCCCAGGAGAGAGUCCCCGAGGGAGGUUUGUAUUAACCUUAAAAGCUAAUAAUAUUAGAGAUGUGAUGCGUUACAGUCGGAGAUUUAAACCGACGACGGGGGCAAAAACGUUUCUUUAAACGCGAAUUCACGCUGUUUCAAAAUUCAACUCUCUUAUUUUUUGUCGUUUAAUUUGUCAAAUGUUGGUAGAUUUUUCUUCGGUUUAAUUCUAAAGGACUGAAAAAAUAAACAAUUAGAAAAUCGUCUUGUGUUCACGCCCUCCAGAAAAAGUGAAAAUAGUUCAUUUUAGGGUUACAGGUGGAAACGAGGCUGGAGUUGACUUUGUUUUGAUGCAACCCUUCCUCCGUAUUAUGCAAAUCAUGUUGUUCUUUUGCAAACGAGUAUUUUUUAGUUUAAUUUUAAUAAGAAAGGAAAGGAGGUUGUGUCAAACAAGUUCAACUUGUCUCAUGUUCACUCAGAGGCUAAGUUACCAAGCCCAUAACUAUAAAAUGGUCUAUUAGGCACUUGAAUUCGUGGUGCGUGCAACGAGGGCAAAGAAAUGUAGAAAAGAAUUUGUUGGACAUGUGCAAAGUUCUUGUUUUGCUAAUAUAAACCUAUUGCUUUCUACUAGGUACCGUCGUCUUCGCCGUUAAGCUCACUUUAAACCUUUUUAGCGUAUUAGUUUCAUUUACCCAAUUCAGACCAAUUUAUAUUCUCAAUGAAAUUUGCCUUUUGUCUGUUCAUUACGUUCAUUACUGAUUAGUUAUGUACACAUAUGUAUGUAGACAGCGCGACGUUUGAAAGAAAGUGUUCUCUGGGGUAACAUCACACGCACGGCAAAGGGAAAACAAAACAUACAAGCUAAGGGAAAGUUCAUUUAAUAUGACAAGGGGGCGGGGGGGGGAUGAAGAUAUUGAAACUCGAAGCUUGAAAUUUUAGCAGCACCCCUCGCUAGCGGUUCAAUUUUUUAGGGGCCCCCUCCUUGGUAGUCGAAAAAAUUUCAGAGCCCCCCCUCCCACCUCCUCGUUCAAUUCCUUUGCUCCCCUGAAAAAAGAUCGCUAGACUGUAUUAAAUAUAUUUACCGUUAUUGUCUUCAAUGGUUUAUACUAUGACAAACUUGAGAUAGAGUUGUGAUACAAUUUUCUAAAGCGUUUCUGGGAUGAACAAGAGUGUAAUAAUUACUGAGACUACAUUUGUUAUAUCUGUAAACCACGUGAUAUAGCUGAGUUGCACAGGUCAUUAAAUUGUUGAGUUGAAAACUAUCCGAUCUGUAUGAUGAUGUCAUGUGUUGGUUUUGAAGUAUACAAAUUUUCGGAGCCCCCCCUCCUUGCGCAACAAUUUUUUCAGAGUCCCCCCUUCGGGUGUCUAAAAAUUUUCGGAGCCCCCCCUCAAUAUCUUCAUCCCCCCCCUUGUCAUAUUAAAUGAACUUUCCCGAAGAAGGUCUAUUAUCAGCACUACGAUUAAUAUUAAAGGGGCUGUGUCACGGCAGUCCAGUUCAUUUUGUUUAAUUUUGCCAAUUACUCGCCCUCAAUCGCUAUGGAACUUAAAGUAAGCAAAGAAAUUACAUGUAAGUGACAAAAUCAGAGAUCCGUGACAAACAAAUAUGUCUCCUGAGCAUUAUAUUUGAAGCUGCAAGCAGCAGGGAUCAACUUUGAAAAACUGUUGGGCUGAACAGUUUUCAAAAACCCUAAUUUCAAUCCGUUAAAAUCUUCUUCAGUUUUGCCCAUCCGUGACAUCUGUUGUUUCUGUUAUGUUAUUUUAACCUUCCCUUAAUAGUUUUAAGCAGUUAUUUUUAUGUUUCUCUUAAUUUAACCGGCAUUUUGUAAUUUCCUAAUUCGGCUGAAUUUCGUGACACAGCUCCUUUAAAUCAAUGAAUUUGGUUUUUCUCCGUAGGACAAAUCCCCGGAUGAACCUCCGUCCAGUCCUAUCCGCAUAGACAGCCGUGACUCACGCUCAGGCCGAUACAUCAUGAUUACUCAGUCCCAGGCUGGUGCUGGUGGUACUCAACCUCUGCGGCCUGGGGAAAACGAGCCAGAUCGAAGAGCACGUGAUGCAACUGAUAACUGGAAACCAAGCGAGAAAGAGGAAUUUGCUCGCUGGCAGCGGGAAGAAGCAAAAAUUGCCGAGGAGCGGUUACAAAGGGAAGAAAAUGUACGUCGCGAACAGGAAGAGCGGGCAUGGCGAUUCCAUUUAGAAAAACAGCGAAGAGAUCCGGAGGAGCGCGGAAAAACAGAUCGUGAAAGGCAAGAAUGGGAUCGCACACGUGCGGAGCGUGAGAGACAAGAACGUGAAGGUCCAGAAAGGGAUCGCCGAGACAGAGAGCGACAAGAACUUCUUCGCAUCGAGCGUGAACGCGCAGAACGUGAGCGAGAUGAACGCGAGCGAAUUGAAGAGGAGCGAAUUAUGAACCAGUUGCAAAAGGAGGAGUUGGACGAACAAAAGGAAAGAGAAGAUCAUUUAAAACAACUGGAAGAAGAACAGUUGAAACAGCGAAAUUUGGAGCAAGCUCGAUUGAGGGGACUAUCCAGAAACAAAGGAAGCAAAGAAUUUUUGGAUUCCAUCGAGGCACUGUCGGCUGAUGAAGUUGAACGCGAAUUUCAGAGGCGCGUUGAGGAGGAUAAGAAACGGAGGGAAUCGGCUGGUGUCAAAGAGGUUGGUAAAUUCUUAUGAAUGCGCGACAUUUAUUAAGCACAAAGUAAAUCUAAGUCCCCGACGGAUCCCGGGGGGGGGGGCACUUUCUUAAAAGGGGCUAAUGGGGAUGUGCCGCUGGAUGGGGUCGCAUUUUUACGACUGGUUUGACUAUAAUGGGGUUGCAUUUUCAGUAUAGUUACUAGAAUGGAGUCGCACAUCUUCAGAUUUUUUGGGUUAGGAAAGUUCUUCAUAUUUAUGGAUAUUUAUGCUUAGCAAAGGUACCAAAAUGUUUGCAUUGUAGGUGAAAAGUAAAGUGUUCUUCCUUCAAUUUAAAAAAAUGGCUCAGUUCAUUUUAGGAUGACCUAUUUAAAGGAUUAAUAAGGUUAAGAUACAUAAAUAGAAAGUGACUAACUUAGGAUCGCGAAAAUUACAUUUACCCAAAAGUGACUAAGAUGGGGCCUAUAAUUGGCCACAGAGCAGACUAUAAUGAAGAGGGCUUUGAGAGGCCAGGGGCACGUACCCAGCAAAAAUUAACCCAAGUAACCUUUUCUUGUCUCGUCACGCAACGUGACAAAUGAGGUAGGAUCACUGCGUGACAAGACAAAAAACCGCUGCCUUAGAGAUUACGACGGAUACUCCGUCAACUUAAUUUCUCUAACGAAUAGAAAUCAGCCUUUCCAAGUUGCCCCAGGAACGGUUUUAUCUCUUUCCUUUGGUGUUCCGAAUUGCUGGAAUCUGUUUUGAGGUAUCACAAAUGAAACCCAUCCCAAACUUCAAAAACACAGCAAUCAAGUCUACGUAUACUAGGUAGUGGUUGGUGUAUGCGUGAAAAAAUAAGAUCUUGCAUUACAGUUUUUCUGCAGAGCACUUUAUGUUAGAUGAGUGUGAUAAAAGAGAGACUUAAACUGAGUCACCUUGACGCCAAACGGUCAACUUGAAUUUGUACCACGCGACCAAGUUUUUCCUUCGCUUGUCGUUUCGUCUACUGGUCAUUACGUCUUUUAAAAAAUCAGUAGUUUCACGCCAUUUGCAUCCAUAAGAAUUGUUUUGAGCUGUUUUUUAUGUGCUGCUUUCCUAUUUUGAGAAUUUCUCAACUAGAAUCUGACAUUUACCGUUUUUCUUAAAGUGACUCUAAAUCUCCCCGUUAUUUAGAAAGUUCUUAUUAUAACUUUUCUUUUUGCCUUGCGUAACAAUUAAGAUUUUAAAUAAGUAAAUAAAAGGAAUUUAUAGACAGGAGCAAAAACAAGCGCAUCCUGAAUUUGAUGAAAUCUCUCCCACUCACUGCUGUGUGUUUGGGUUUGUUAACGCGCAAAUCCAUUUGCGUUUAGACUGAUGAAGUGUGUCUCUGUUACCAUAGGAGCGCACCGCGGGAGGUUUGGUGUCUGUAACACGUGUAAUGUACCACCCGCCUGACAAAGAGGAGAGAAUGGAACGAGGAAGGAAGAUUGAUCUGUUACUUGAUGAAACCAUGAAACGGGAGAGAGAACGAAAAGAGGCCGAGAGAAGACGGCAGCAAAAAGAUGACGAAGAGGAGCGACAGAGAAGGUGUGUAAAAUGAAAUGGAAAAUGUCGGGAAUGAGAGAAAAACAAAAGGGUCCACUUCAUCUUAUAUACGUACCUUGUCAAGGCUGGCAAUUUCAUUUUGUACUUAAAACCAAUCACACAUCCUUUUUCGCUACGAAAAUUGAGAAAUUUCUUGUGAAUGACAAAAUCGCAGUUUCAUGUCACAUUAGGGAGCUUAAGCAACCACGUUUUUGAGCGACGCACGUCAACCGGAAGUGGCCUUUUUUCAUUUUUUAACGAUGGUUUCGCGCAAAUUUUCAGUCAAAUCGCCUCUAUAACAGUAAAGAAGCUAAAUGAAUACAAAUUUUAUAUCAUCAAGGCAUGUUAAGAGGGAAAAUACCUCACUUCCGGUUGACGUGCGUCGCUCAAAAACGUCGCUGCUUAAGCACCCUAUUAACCCUUAAAGCCCUUAGAGUGAUCAGCAUCAAAUUUCUCCUUGUAAUAUCAAUGCUUUGUAAAACAGAGUGGUCAUGAGAAUUAAGGACAUGAUCACACAAGAUGAAUUUGCGUGAUAUUUUAUUAUCUUCUCCCCACUACUUCUUUAGGAAAUGGAUAGGGGCAACAAAUGAGAAUUCAAAUUUUGAUCUUCGGGUUUAAAGGGUUAAUAUGUCGCCCAGGCAUUAUUUCAAACGUUACAAAUAACAAAAAAUGAAUUUUUGCACAGCUUGGCCCCACAUAAUACCCAAGAAGAAACCUAGAUUUAAGAUAUACCCGGUAGCACGCUAGGAAUUAAAUGAUUUUAACGAUGUCACAACACAUUCAAGGUCACCGUUUUCGUACAAUCAGCAAGAUUGUCAUUUGAUCAAUUUGCACAAUGUGUAUCACUCAAUAAUGUCUCGCGUUUGUCAGAUCUGACUAUUGUCUGCUUGUUUGUCGCUUGUAACUGUCGCGUGCAACCAUGCUUACAAAACCUGCCGUGUUUUGAAAACUAAUUCCAAAUAAGACCCUGAAGGAAAGGUGGGAAGAAUUUGCCUUUUAACUUGUGACGUUGCUUCUCUUUUUCUUGUAGUGAGAGACAACAGCGUCGCAUUGAGCAGUUCGAGAUGGAGCGCGAGCAACAGAAAGAAUCUCAGCGGCGCAUCCAAGAGCAGCGAGAGAGGGAGCAAGAAGAUUGGCUUAGACAGCAGCGAGAAAAGAGAGAGCAACAGAGAAUGGAACAGGAGAAACUGCGUCUGGAGAAAAAGAUGCAAGAGGAAGAGGAACGUAACAAGAAACGGUUAGAGAUACAGCAGAAGCGCGAUCAAGAAGAGAGACUCCGGCGGGAGUCUCAGAAGCAGAAAGAAGAACAAGAACGUCUUCUUGCUGAGGAGCGACGAGAAACUGAGAGGCAGCGAGAUUUAGAGCGAAAGAGACAGCUUGAGGAACAGAAAAUAAUCCAGGAAAAGGAGGAGCAAUUGCGGAAACAGCAGUUUGAAGAUCAGCGGUAUCAAGAGGGAAGCACGCGGAAUCUUUCCACCGAGGAUCAUGUUAAUGAACUCAAGAAUCGCGCUACUGCUGAUUACGAAAGAAGACGGAAACUGAUCGACGAAGAGAUAAAUCGGCGGCGUUCAGAACCGGUGUCAGUUCUUAAGAAUUCUAAUUCUGUAAAACCCAAGAAGCAAGUGUCCUUUUCCAAUGUGGCGACUGAAAUAAGGGAGCCUGCUUCCCCCACGUACGUGGUGGGAACACCGUCCGGUUACACCGCCAGAGUCACACCUGCCCCCAGCGUUAGGUACGUGAACACAAGAGCUCCAAGCGAUGCUGGGCCAGAUUCUGUUAGGCCACCGCCUCCUGAUGAUGACGACGACGACCUUCCACCGCCUCCCCCACCGCCCCCGCCUCCGGAGGAGUUGUUGGACGACGAUAAUUUUCCUCCGCCUCCACCGGCCAAAUCAGCACAAAGUUUCGAGCGUUUCAAUGCCCUCAGCGGCGAUAGAUCGCGUAGCUUAGGCGGGUACACCUCCCAGAUGACGUUUGCACCACAGGGACCUAGGAACACACGGGACUACCCCGCACCGUACUCUAGUGCGGCAAUUCCGUAUCGUCAGCCUCCAAUUCCGUCAUCUGCUUAUCCCAGCUACGUCACGUUACCAAGGAAACCCCGUCCCGUGUCUUACCCAAAUGCUUGGGAGAUGGAUGAACAAGGCCCUCCCCCUGUAAGGUACGGCUCACAGGAUAACAUUUUGGACGGACCUCAGUCUCGCCCUCAGCCCCAGUAUGCUCCGAAGCCAGCGCGGUUGGAUAAUGACGACUUGAAUGGGUCAGAGAUCGCUCGCGGGCGCCUGGCUAGGAUGUCUUUGACGGACGAGGAGAAAUCCGAAAAUCAGUUUGUUUCUAAAAAACCUGAGAAUCUACACUUCAGGGACAAACUCAAAAUGUUUAACAAAGAAAGUCCGGAGGAGAAAAUCAGAACAUCGCGGUGGCAACAAGGACAGAUGGCACAGUUGAACGGAAAUAUAACAUCUCCUUGACAAUAGCUAAUGAUAUUCUUGACCCCCGCAGUGUUUUCCCCAUAUGAACUUCUCACACGGGCAGCAUUGCGUCUUGUAAUUAUGUAAACGUCAGGGAGAAAAUACCAGGGUUUCAGUUGACGCUUUUUGUACCACGAUUUCGAUCGAGCGCACUGCCAAAUACGUGGGGCUAAAGCUGAUGCCAAAUCAACACCCAUGGAAAAUAUUUACUGCUUUAACAAUAUGACGAGUCACAUCAGAUAGUGCCUCGCAGGAUUUGAUGUGAAUAUUAUAAUAGGAAACAUCUUAAUCUGUAAUCGGUUUUUUUUUGGUGCGCCUUGUUUUUAUUAUUGUACAAAAUGAAAUUUUGCUUUUUUCCUGAGAUGAAAUUUAGUAAACUCAAGGUAGUAAACAGACCGUAUACUGGAUCGCGUUUUCAAUAUAAAGGCAGAUAUAUCAAAUGAUUCACCGCUAAAAUACUCUCGCAGUAAGUUUCUUUUCUUCAGCAGAAAAUUUAUUUACGUUUUACGUGAAAAUUAUUUUAAGUGUGACAGCAAGAUGUCUAAAGGAACCUGCUUAACAAGCUGUCCGCCGCUUUUUCAUUUAUUAUAGUCAAAAUAGUUAUAAGAAAGCUGACCUUACCUUGCAGUUAUGAGAAGUAAUCGAAAUAUCUAGUUAGCCA